CUCUCGCGUUCAGUUGGCCAACCUGCCUUUGGGGUAAAUACGUGCGGCGAGUGUACUCGGCCAUAUUUGCGUCUUGUGAACUGUAACGGGGUGCAAGUGAAGUCGGUUUUGUCUGCAGCGUGACGGCACAUCGUGAAAACCGCUCGGAAGGAACCGAGCCAACCCGUAAACCGGCGGAUCAAAAAACGUUUUCAGUACUCGAACUACGGCAGUCAUGAUGGUCGACAAGGUGGACAUGAGCCUUGACGACAUAAUCAAGCAGAACAAGCAGUUCAAGUUCCCGAGCAAACGAGGACGCGGAGGCGGUGCCACUCCGAGAAAAGGAGGCUUCCAGAGGCGCGGGGCUUCGAAACCGGCCGUCCGAGGAGGCGGCGUUCAAAAGAAACGAGUCGGCUAUGGACGCGUCAAAGUCCCUGCCUUCACGAGGGGUGGUGGCGGUGGUGAUAUUAAUGGAAGAUGGCAACAUGAUCUUUUCGACAAUAAUUUUGGACGUAGGACUCUUACGACAGCUUCAGGCGGUCCUGCAAAGCUUUUGGUCUCCAAUCUUGAUUAUGGUGUAUCCAACAUAGAUAUUCAGGAAUUAUUUACUGAAUUUGGCACGUUGAAAUCUGCCACAGUUCAUUACGAUAAAUCUGGUCGUUCAUUAGGCACAGCAGAUGUUGUUUAUGAUAGAAAGGCAGAUGCCAUCAAAGCUAUGAAACAGUACAAUGGAGUUCCUCUUGAUGGGAGGCCGAUGAAUAUUCAAUUAGCCACUUCAGAUGUGCCUGUGUUUCAAGGGAGAAACAAUGCAAUGGUUUUGAGAGCGAUGACCCAGAGGCAAAACCCAGCACGAAGCAAUAGAACGACAAGAGGUCGAGGAUUCCGGAGAGGAGGCGGAGGCGGAGGUACUGGCAGGGGCGGAAGGAGAGGCGCAGGUGCAAACAAGCCUCCCACUGCCGAACAGCUCGACGCUGAGUUGGACGCAUACGUGAACAAAGUUAAAUAGAAAACGCUAGUGUUUUUCUAAGAGGGGGUUGUUGUCUUUCCCCUACCGCAUUUGAUCCUUCCCCCCAUUACGGGGUGUUUUUACCAAUAAGUUUGUAUGACAAAAGAAAAAAUAAAUAUAUAUUAAAUCAGGCAAAUUGCCCUAAUGAAAAACUAAGGAAGACGUUUAUAGAAGUACAAGUGGUGUAAAGUCUGCAUUUGAAUAUUAAAAAGUGUUUGUAACUAGCAUUCAA